UCGGUGGGCAAAAGAAAGGGAUGAAGCAGCAAGAAAAGCUGCAGAGAUGGGUUACAUAGUUUCUGAGAGGAUUUCUACUCUAUCUGAGGGUGAUGCUUCGGAGGCGAUUGCUGCUCAAUCAGCAGAAUCAAAGUCCGAAUCCGUCUAUUGCCUGAAUCAGGGGAAGCAUGACCGUCAUUGCAUGGACUCAGGUAUUGAUUAUGACAUAAAACAUGCGGAUUUGGAAAGAUCAUUUGGUGUGAAAUUUCCAAGUUCAGGGCUUCAAGUUCGGCCUAGAGAAAUGCAAAGACGUAGGACUCCCAAGUUGAAGAAUAAGGUCAACGGGAGUGGUAGUACUGCCUCUGUUGUUGCUAUGAAAAUAAAGAUUCUUGAACGGAGUUCGUUAGCAGCUCAUACUUACUUUCAAGGUCAAUUACACAAGGAGUCUGUGGAGACUAUAUCGCCACCAGGUAGUUCUGAUUUUGCGAACCAGGAUACUUUUCUGGUGAAGAGCGAUGUUGAAAAUAAUGCAAAAUAUGUUAUCAGUGGUGAUGAAACAAGAAAUGAUGAUAGAAGAAGAGUAACGGAGGUCGGAGAUCAUGGUGUUAGGACUCCUUCUCUAAAUGCAAAUGUUAAUGUGCAUUCAGAUUCUCCAAAACUUGUUCAGGAUCCAGUGUUGCAGACAGGAGUUCGUAAGUUUGAAAAUUUACAAUCUCAUGGGGAUGUUGCAGAGCCUGCAAAUACUUAUAGUUAUUUGGCCAAAGAGGAGAAGUUGGGACCUCAUGUUGCUCAUAGUCAAAUUAAUGUUAAGUCCAAGGGCCAAAGAAAUUUGUCAUCUGAAGAUUCAGUCUUUACGAACCCUAGGCCUCAUCUGGAAACAUAUCUUCAAUUUCCAAUUGAUCUCAUUUUUAUGAAAUUUGGUUCAAACUUAUUCUUUAGAUCUAUGGAGUUCUUAUUUUGCUGUCUUUCUGGUUCUAUUAAAAAAUUCAAGUCUCACAUGGGCCUCGAAGUUGAAGAUAGUGUUUAUGAGCAUGUUGGUAUGGCUGAUUUUCGUCGUUCCGAAGACACAGGGUUUUUUUCAGUUACACUUGAUUCUGUUCAUAUCAGAGAUGCUACAGUGAUGCUACUUGCAUACGGUGACAGGGAAGCUAGGGAGAUAGAAAAUGUCAACGGGCACGUGAAGUUCCAAAACUGCUAUAGCCGUCUGCAUGUUCAACUUGAUGGUAAUUGUAAGACAUGGAGAUCAGAUAUUAUGUCUGAAGAUGGUGGCUGGUUGUCUGCUAAUAUCUUUGUGGACACUAUUGAACAGCAAUGGCAUGCUAAUGUAAAAAUUGAUAAUCUGUUUGUCUCGCUAUUUGAAAGGAUCCUAGAAAUUCCAAUCACAUGGUCUAAGGGGAGGGCCAGCGGUUCGCCUAUGCAUGUCGAGAGGUGAAACAUUUCCAA